AUGCUGAGCUGGAGCCCCUGUCUUUGCGAAUGGGAGGCGCGUCUGAUAGCGUCAGUGCCACAUCAUCACCCUCUGCCCAGUCGGCCCGCCUGCAUUACUCCAUUCAUCAGAAAAGCAACCAAACUGUAUCGCCUGCAGCAGCCACCGGUACCAGCGAUCGCCGACUCUCCCACUAGUAUGUUGGUCGGCCGAGAAGGAAGAGAGGGAGGUGACAGCCAGGCAGCACGGGGCCUGCGGUGUGAGGAAAGCUCCGUGGGGCGGUUGAGACAGCUGGAGAGCACUGAGCUCUGUGGCUUGCUGCUGCUGGGCGAUGGUCCUGGACCUUCUAAUGCUGCGAUGAGGGAGCAAAGAAGGGUGCAUGAGAAUAAGCAUGGAAGGGGAGGUCUGGAGGGGAGCAGCACAAGGGCGACUGUAGAAGACGUGAGCAACGGUGAAGCGGAACGGAAGCAGACGAAGGAGGAGGAAGCGCAGGUGACAAGCAAGCAGCUUGAGAUGUUGCAGCAGGCGAACGAUGAGGUGAGUGCGGUGGUGGUGGAGUGGAUGGGCAUGGGGGAAGUGGAUGGGAAAACGGAUGGGCAAAAGGAUGGGCAAAAAGAAUGGGUAAAAAGGCUGGCCUCCAUUCCCUCUGUGAAGGAUCAGGUGCUUCUUGGCCGAAGCUCCUGUUACGAUGCAUUGGGGCAGUUUGACAAGGCCGUCGCUGACCUGUCCGCUGCCAUAGCGGACUACUCUCGCGUCAUUGACCUGGACCCCUCCAAUGCUGAAGCACUCAGGUGGCGAGGCAUCUUGUCCUUUAACCUGAAGGACUACCAUGCAGCAGAGAAGGACUUUCAGGAAGCCAUUCACCUUGACCCCUCUCAGUCUUUCGUCUUUCGAGGCCUUGCCCUAGCCAUAGGGGGCAGUGGGAGGUGGCGGGAGUCCCUGGCAGUGUUUGCAGAGGGUGUGAGGCGGCACCCUCAGGAUGCGGACCUGUGGCAUUCCAAGGGGCGCGCGCACAAGGAGGUGGGCGAGGUGGAUCAAGCCAUAGAGGCGCUGCAGCGAGCGCUGCAGAUCAGAAAGGCAGUGGCGACCUAUCAGGAGCUCGUCGCUGUCAGCCGAUUGGUGGGCGACUACAGGGCCGCCAUACGCUAUGCAAGAGAGGGGUUGCAGCUGGACAGGGGAGACAUGGAGCUCGCUCAUGCCCACGCCAGCAGCCUGCAUGCUCUGGGGGACCUUGCUGAAGCUCUGCGCAUGGCAGGGCUGGCAGCUCUUGACGUGAUGCAGCAGGUGAGACUCUUCCGCUUCCUUUCCACCCACGUCCUUCUCUCAUCUGCCCCCAUUCACUUUGAUGGUGUUCAGGCCACUCGUAAAUCCCCAGGGCUGGCAGCUCUUGACGAGAUGCAGCUGGCAAGGGCAAGUUGGGAUGCUAUGGCACAGGAGCUGCAGGGGAGGGAGUCAGCAGCUGGUAACACGGUUACAGACACGACAACAACCAAGGAAAAAGAUGCACUAGCAGGAGGAGGCGGAAGGGUAGAGAGCACGGCGAAGCAGAGGCAGAAGGCAAGUGAAAACUCAGGCAAGGGCAGUGGGAAGAGCCGCAGCAGAAGCAAGGUGUCAGGCGGUGGGGUGCUCAAAGGCUGGAGGGAUGUUUACGAGAUGAUCACCAGAUGGAGACAGAUCGCCGAUCCAACGGCUGCUAUUCUCUGGAACGACCAACUGAAAAAAAGCUUUGCGCGGGGCGUUCGGUCGUCCACGCCCAUCAAGGUGUGGGAUCUGCAGACCGUCAAGUACUACCCCGUCUUCAACAAAUCGUUUGAGGCCAUGCGCGAGGCUCUUCUGGAGUCCGAGCAGGCCUUCACAAACAACCAGCCCUUCGCAGUGCCACGCAACACACGUGGCGACAUUAUCACCAGGGCGGCUGACCUCCAGGCGCUUCAUCAGGCUGUGGGAAAGGACUUUCUGGUCCAAGCACCCUGCUACAGCCAUGCCGUUCCAGGGAAGGACCUCACCGGGUCAAUGUUUGAAAUCCUCAAGACCACACACGCGUUCAGCUUCUACACGCACACACCAAUCAGCCCCCGGCGGUGGCAAGACUUCGACCAGGAGCUCACUGCUGCAUGGCAGGCGCUGUGCACGGCAGUGCUGGACGCACACACAGAGGCAGCAGACCCGCAUCGCUACCGCCAGAGGAUUCAAGACGCCAUCCUCCGCCUGGGGUACUUCUGGUUCCAGCUGAUGCCGUUGACUCGCGGGUCCGCCAUGGUGGGGCUGGUCUCCCUCCUCGGCCUCUCCAUGGCUGCUGACAUGCAAACCACUGCGCUCAUCCCAUAUGGGGUGCAGGUGGACUGGGAGGCUUUACUCGUGUCUCGCUUUGAAGACUUCAAUGCCUCAAUUGCCCCAUGGCUCUUUGCCUCUACUCAAAGCUCGCCCUGGGGUCUUGCCCCUAUUGAGGGCAUCUUAUCCGCAACGCACCAUGUGAUUGCAGCGUUGAGCUACGAUAUAAAGCAUAAAAGAGGCCAUCACCGCCGCCCUCGCGCGCAAGCCCUCCGCGCGGAUCGGAACCAACGUGGGCGGCGCAGGCAGAGGCGGGAGCGGAUCCUGGGGCUCGCUGACCCUCGGCGGAGCGCCAGCCUGAGCAGCCUGGCGUGCGGCGCGCUGACAGGCGCCGCGGAGCGGGGAGCAGCGCCAGGCCUGGCCCCUGGCGCUGGGGGCGGCGGGGGAGGAGCUUCUCGGGCGGCAGGGGCUGUUUCGGGCAGCGUGCGGGGCGGCAGCGGGCGGCGCAGCAGCGGCGCGGCGGCAAUCAAUGUCGACGGGAGGAGGAGCGUUGGCGAGGAGAGGAGCGUUGGCGAGGAGAGGAGCGCUGGCGAGGAGACGAGCGUUGGCGAGGAGAGGAGCGUUGGAGCGUUGGCGAGGAGAGGAGCGUUGGAGCGUUGGCGAGGAGAGGAGCGUUGGAGCGUUGGCGAGGAGAGGAGCGUUGGCGAGGAGAGGAGCGUUGGCGAGGAGAGGAGCGUUGGUGAGGAGAGGAGCGUUGGAGCGUUGGCGAGGAGAGGAGCGUUGGAGCGUUGGCGAGGAGAGGAGCGUUGGCGAGGAGAGGAGCGCUGGCGAGGAGAGGAGCGUUGGCGAGGAGAGGAGCGUUGGCGAGGAGAGGAGCAUUGGAGCGUUGGCGAGGAGAGGAGCGUUGGAGCGUUGGCGAGGAGAGGAGCGUUGGAGCGUUGGCGAGGAGAGGGGCGUUGGAGCGUUGGCGAGGAGAGGAGCGUUGGAGCGUUGGCGAGGAGAGGAGCGUUGGACCGUUGGCGAGGAGAGGAGCGUUGGAGCGUUGGCGAGGAGAGGAGCGUUGGCGAGGAGAGGAGCGUUGGCGAGGAGAGGAUCGUUGGCGAGGAGAGGAGCCUUGGCGAGGAGAGGAGCGUUGGCGAGGAGAGGAGCGUUGGCGAGGAGAGGAGCGUUGGCGAGGAGAGGAGCGUUGGCAAGGAGAGGAGCGUUGGCGAGGAGAGGAGUGUCGGCGAGGAGAGGAGCGUUGGCGAGGAGAGGAGCGUUGGCGAGGAGAGGAGCGUUGGCGAGGAGAGGAGCGUUGGCGAGGAGAGGAGCGUUGGCGAGGAGAGGAGCGCUUGCGAGGAGAGGAUCGUUGGCGAGGAGAGGAGCGUUGGCGAGGAGAGGAGUGUUGGCGAGGAGAGGAGCGUUGGCGAGGAGAGGAGCGCUGGCGAGGAGAGGAGCGUUGGCGAGGAGAGGAGCACUUGCGAGGAGAGGAGCGUUGGCGAGGAGAGGAGCGUUGGCGAGGACGAGCGUUGGCAUGGGGAAGGGGUGUUGGGCGGGGAGUGUGUGCGUAAGGUUAAGCACUACACGAACCUGUCUGACAUCAAGCGUGUCAUCAUCAACACACAUGCCAUCGAGCCUCAGUCUCUGGUGGAGUUCUUCGGCACGCUGUCCAAGGAGUGGGCGCUGGACUGCAUGAAGGAGCUGCUGCUGGUGAACAUGCGCGGCAACCUGCAGAUCAGCGUACAGGUGGCCAAGGAAUUCGCCGAGCAGCUGGGCAUGGACAACUGCGUGAAGCGAUAA